GCCCGCAGGUCUGUCUCCACCACGUGACCUGGAUCUUGGCGUUCCCACAACCCCGUUCAGACGGAUGGUUUCCCCCACUGCGGCUCUACGGCCCCACAGGCGCUACCACCGUCCGGCCUGGAGGGGAGUGUUUUUUCCGGAUGUGACACUACAUUGACCCGGAAAAGGAGGACCCGGGCAGUGGAACCUCCGCGGCGGCUAUGGAAGGGUCCAGCUGCAGGGUGGUGUUUGAGAAGGGAGGCGUGUACCUGCACACCAGUGCCAGGAAGCACCAGGACCCGGACUCGCUCAUCGCGGGCGUCAUCCGUGUGGUGGAGAAGGACAGCGACGUCCUCCUGCACUGGGCUCCGGUGGAGGAGGCUGGAGACCUGACCCAGAUCUUCUUCUCCAAGAGGGACUCAAGUGGAGGCGAGCCCAGCACCUCAGAGGAGGAACCUACCUUUGACCCAGGCUAUGAACCUGACUGGGCUGUCAUUAGCACAGUGCGGCCACGGACCCACGUGGCAGAGCCCAGGAGAGGUGCAGAGCCCAGCUGCCCCCGGAGCUCCUGGGCCUUCUCUGUGAGCCUAGGGGAACUCAAGUCCAUCCGCAGAUCUAAGCCAGGCCUCAGCUGGGCCUACCUGGUCCUGGUGACCCAGGCUGGAGGCUCCCUGCCUGCCUUGCACUUCCACAGAGGGGGUACCCGAGCCUUGCUCCGGGUCCUCAGCCGCUAUCUGCUGUUGGCCAGCUCUCCGCAGGCCCCCCGCCUCUACUUGGUCUUCCCCCACGACUCCUCGGCCCUCUCCAGCUCCUUCCGCCACCUGCAGCUCUUCGACGAAGACGGCUCCAGUGUGGUGUCUCGCUUCCUCCAGGAUCCCUACUCUACCACCUUCAGUAGCUUCUCUCGAGUGACCAACUUCUUCCGGGGAGCCCUACAGCCGCACCCUGAGGGAGCCUCCUCCCCUGACCUGGCCCUGCUGCCAGAUGAUGAGCCAGAACCUGGCUUCGAGGUCAUCUCCUGUGUGGAGCUGGGGCGGCGUCCCACAGUGGAGCGGGCUCCUCCAGUCACAGAGGAAGAAUGGGCUCACCAUGUGGGUCCUGAUGGUCGCCUGCAGAAUAUCCCCGAGUUGAAAAAUCGGAUCUUCUCAGGGGGUCUUAGCCCUGGCCUUCGGCGGGAGGCUUGGAAGUUCCUCCUGGGGUACCUUAGCUGGGAGGGUUCAACUGAAGAACACAAGGCCCACGUGCGGAAGAAAACGGACGAGUACUUCCGAAUGAAGCUGCAGUGGAAAUCUGUGAGUGCUGAGCAGGAGCGGAGGAAUUCACUGCUGCAUGGAUACCGAAGCCUCAUUGAGAGAGACGUAAGCCGCACCGACAGGACCAACAAAUUCUACGAAGGCCCUGAGAACCCCGGGUUGGGCCUACUCAAUGACAUCCUCCUAACCUACUGCAUGUAUCACUUUGACUUGGGCUAUGUUCAGGGCAUGAGUGACCUCCUGUCCCCAAUCCUCUUCGUUGUUCAGAACGAAGUGGAUGCCUUCUGGUGUUUCUGUGGCUUCAUGGAACUUGUGCAUGGGAACUUUGAAGAGAGUCAGGAGACUAUGAAGCGGCAGCUUGGGCAGCUUCUGCUGCUUCUGCGGGUGCUGGAUCAGCCACUCUGUGAUUUCCUGGAUUCCCAGGACUCGGGCUCACUGUGCUUCUGCUUCCGGUGGCUUCUCAUCUGGUUCAAGAGGGAAUUUCCCUUCCCUGAUGUCCUUCGGCUGUGGGAGGUGUUGUGGACUGGGCUUCCUGGCCCCAAUCUGCACCUGCUGGUGGCAUGUGCCAUCUUGGACAUGGAGCGGGAUACACUGAUGCUGUCUGGCUUUGGCUCCAACGAGAUCCUUAAGCACAUCAAUGAACUGACCAUGAAGCUGAGCGUGGAGGACGUGCUGACUCGGGCAGAGGCCCUGUACCGGCAGCUGACUGCCUGCCCAGAGCUGCCACACAACGUGCAGGAAGUCCUGGGGCUGGCGCAGCCCGAGGAGCCUGGUGGCCAGUCUCCUGUAUCCCCGCUGCCGCUGUCGCCCACUCGGGCCCCGCCACCCCCGCCGCCGCAUGACGAUGCAGUCCCGCAGCCUGACAGCAGCCUGGAGAUCUUGCCGGAGGAGGACGACGAUGGCGCCAACUCCUAGCCAGCUACACCUGACGGGGUUCCCGCAGAUUGCCAGGUCCCAAGGCCUGUGGGGGAAGGAGGCCUGGAGCAGGAGGAGACCUUAAGCCGGCCAAUGAAGUGGAGGAUGGCCCUCCUGGAGGUCGAGGAUUUCCAGAGCCCGCCCACCAGCUGCUAGAGUGAGGCAAUAAACCGUUCUUGUUUGACUGCACGGGCA